AUGCUGUGGUUCCCUCAUGCUGUGGUUCCGUCAUGCUGUGGUUCCAUCAUGCUGUGGUUUCAUCAUGCUGUGGUUCCCUCAUGCUGUGGUUCCCUCAUACUGUGGUUCCAUCAUGCUGUGGUUUCAUCAUGCUGUGGUUCCAUCAUGCUGUGGUUCCGUCAUGCUGUGGUUCCAUCAUGCUGUGGUUCCAUCAUAAUGUGGUUCCAUCAUAAUGUGGUUCCAUCAUGCUGUGGUUUCAUCAUGCUGUGGUUCCCUCAUGCUGUGGUUCCGUCAUGCUGUGGUUCCAUCAUGCUGUGGUUCCGUCAUGCUGUGGUUCCAUCAUGCUGUUGUUCCAUCAUGCUGUGGUUCCAUCAUGCUGUGGUUUCGUCAUGCUGUGGUUCCCUCAUGCUGUGGUUCCGUCAUGCUGUGGUUCCAUCAUGCUGUGGUUCCGUCAUGCUGUGGUUCCAUCAUGCUGUUGUUCCAUCAUGCUGUGGUUCCAUCAUGCUGUGGUUCCAUCAUGCUAUGGUUCCAUCAUGCUGUGGUUCCAUCAUGCUGUGGUUUCAUCAUGCUGUGGUUUCAUCAUGCUGUGGUUCCCUCAUGCUGUGGUUCCGUCAUGCUGUGGUUCCAUCAGUUGUGGUUCCAUCAUGCUGUGGUUCCAUCAUGCUGUGGUUCCGUCAUGCUGUGGUUUCAUCAUGCUGUGGUUCCAUCAUGCUGUGGUUUCAUCAUGCUGUGGUUCCCUCAUGCUGUGGUUCCGUCAUGCUGUGGUUCCAUCAGUUGUGGUUCCAUCAUGCUGUGGUUCCAUCAUGCUGUGGUUCCAUCAUGCUGUGGUUUCAUCAUGCUGUGGUUUCAUCAUGCUGUGGUUCCCUCAUGCUGUGGUUCCGUCAUGCUGUGGUUCCAUCAGUUGUGGUUCCAUCAUGCUGUGGUUCCAUCAUGCUGUGGUUCCCUCAUGCUGUGGUUCCGUCAUGCUGUGGUUCCAUCAUGCUGUGGUUCCAUCAUGCUGUGGUUUCAUCAUGCUGUGGUUUCAUCAUGCUGUGGUUCCCUCAUGCUGUGGUUCCCUCAUGCUGUGGUUCCGUCAUGCUGUGGUUCCAUCAGUUGUGGUUCCCUCAUGCUGUGGUUCCGUCAUGCUGUGGUUCCAUCAUGCUGUGGUUUCAUCAUGCUGUGGUUCCAUCAUGCUGUGGUUUCAUCAUGCUGUGGUUCCAUCAUGCUGUGGUUCCGUCAUGCUGUGGUUCCAUCAUGCUGUGGUUCCAUCAUGCUGUGGUUCCAUCAUGCUGUGGUUUCAUCAUGCUGUGGUUCCAUCAUGCUGUGGUUCCGUCAUGCUGUGGUUCCAUCAUGCUGUGGUUCCGUCAUGCUGUGGUUUCAUCAUGCUGUGGUUCCAUCAUGCUGUGGUUUCAUCAUGCUGUGGUUCCCUCAUGCUGUGGUUCCGUCAUGCUGUGGUUCCAUCAUGCUGUGGUUUCAUCAUGCUGUGGUUCCCUCAUGCUGUGGUUCCGUCAUGCUGUGGUUCCAUCAUGCUGUGGUUCCGUCAUGCUGUGGUUCCAUCAUGCUGUGGUUUCAUCAUGCUGUGGUUUCAUCAUGCUGUGGUUCCCUCAUGCUGUGGUUUCAUCAUGCUGUGGUUCCCUCAUGCUGUGGUUCCGUCAUACUGUGGUUCCAUCAUGCUGUGGUUCCAUCAUGCUGUGGUUUCAUCAUGCUGUGGUUCCCUCAUGCUGUGGUUCCGUCAUGCUGUGGUUCCAUCAUGCUGUGGUGCCGUCAUGCUGUGGUUCCAUCAUGCUGUGGUUCCGUCAUGCUGUGGUUCCGUCAUGCUGUGGUUCCAUCAUGCUGUGGUUUCAUCAUGCUGUGGUUCCCUCAUGCUGUGGUUCCGUCAUGCUGUGGUUCCAUCAUGCUGUGGUUCCGUCAUGCUGUGGUUCCAUCAUGCUGUGGUUCCAUCAUGCUGUGGUUCCAUCAUAA